CCAAUAAGUACAGAUAGGUGGCUGUUCUCCAUCAUACCCUUCAUGUCACUGUGCUCAAGCUGUCCCAUGCUCCAGAGCAAACAAACCACACGGCAUAAUGACCGGCGCGCAACGAAAAGCAUAUACGGAUUUUAUCACCGAUAUUUACACACCAAAUCUAAUAUGGUCGCUCUACAUACAUAUAUCAGUCUUUUCAACCCAAAAUUAGUGUAGAGCCUCGUUCCUGAUAUACCCUACCUUGCGGCCACUAUUUUGACAGAAAAUAUACGUGAAAGAACUCGACUAUUAUAUCUUGCGAACAGUUUCUCUAAUUAGCUAAUAGAUUGCAUUCCCCGAUACCGGUAUCCUCGAAUUGUGUUCACAUGAUCGCGCACUAUGCACGUCACACCCUCAUCAAUCCGACACUCUGUACCUCUCUCAACGCCACACCUUAACCACACACCAACCAACAUCUCCCAUCACAAAAAAAUCAACUCUACUACACACGCAUGAACUCACGUUCGCAGGAAAACCUGAUCCCCACCAUCCCAUAAACACGAAACGCAACCAACACGAAAAGAAAGCCAUCGCACGGAAAACACCCAUCUUCCUCGCACUCCACACCAUCCCCCCAAACACUAAACCAGCAUAAACUAAGAAAGGCCCACACAAAGACAACAAGGCAUGUCCCUGCCACCCACACCAAAAACCCUAAAUCAGCACGUUGCAUGCAGUAGCGUACAAGGAAGAACAAGAGUUCCAAAACCUUAACUCGCACAUACCCACAUACACACACACACAGACAUGAUGCUUCUGUAACAUCGGCAUGGAAAACCAACGAGACGUCCCCGCACAACCGACCCGCCGACCUUUUCUCUCUUUUGCGUUUUGUGUGGUGGGUUUUUUUCUUUUCUUGACGAGCCGCCCCACCCGUUCCGAGAUUCGCUGAGGGAGGGGAAACAAGAUUGUGGUAGAAAGAAUACGAUGGGGGAAAAUAGCGAUAACCGGAUUUGUUUACGUAUUUUCUUAUCACUCGAUUCUC